AGCCAUUGAAAAGACCCCGAAGACUCCUAAUUGACGAAGACUAUGAGUCAAGAAACGUACCUUCCCCUUUCCCACUUUCUUCUUGCAUUCUUCCCCAUUAAGUUUCUCACUCACUUACACUUUAUAUACAACGUUAUUUGAUCCCUUAGCUUCAUCAUGCAUCACUGUGAUCAGUAAUUAAGUGUUUGUUAUACUUACAAAUUGUGCAUUUGCAUUGUGUGUGUUUCUUCAUCUGCAACUAUGGCGUCAGCCAAGGAGCAUGUGGAGGAGAUACGGAGGACCAAGUUUUCAAUCGGCGGAGAACCGAACCCGUUAACGGAAGAUCUUCAUCAGGCUGUCAAGAAUCUCUCUGCUGAGCUUUACGCAAAAGAUGUCCACUUUUUGAUGGAGCUUAUUCAGAAUGCCGAAGAUAACGAGUAUCCAGAAGGAGUGGAUCCGUCACUAGAGUUUGUGAUUACAUCAAAGGACAUAACAAACACUGGAGCUCCGGCGACUUUGUUAGUCUUCAACAAUGAGAAAGGAUUUUCACCAAAAAAUGUUGAAUCUAUUUGUAGUGUGGGACGGUCUACGAAGAAAGGUCUUCGUAAGCGUGGUUAUAUUGGCGAGAAAGGAAUUGGAUUCAAAAGUGUUUUUCUGAUAACAUCUCAGCCUUACAUCUUCAGUAACGGCUACAAGAUAAGGUUUAACGAAAAACCAUGCCAACAGUGUAAUGUUGGUUAUAUUGUUCCUGAAUGGGUCGAGGAGGAUCCAACUCUAUCUGACAUUCAAAGCGUAUAUGGUUCGUCUACUGCUCUACCAACAACCACCCUGGUGUUACCAUUAAAGGCAGAGAAGGUCAAGCCAGUGAAGGAUCAGCUCUCGAGUAUCCACCCUGAAGUGCUGUUAUUUCUUUCAAAGAUAAAGCGGCUUUCAGUCAGGGAAGACAAUGACGAUCCCAAGCUAAACACUGUGAGUGCAAUAUCAAUCUCAAGUGAGAAAAAUUUUGUGACUUUGAAGAGCAUGGAUGCCGAAUCAUACACGCUUCAUCUUACUGCCGAUGUUUCUGGCAAUCAAGAUGACACAGAAUGCGGCUACUACAUGUGGAAACAAAGGUUUCCCGUUAAGAAAGAGAACAAAGUCGAUGUUCGAUCAGAAGUCGAGGAGUGGGUGAUUACAUUGGCUUUCCCAAAUGGGAAAAGACUCAAUCGAGGUGCAAGCAUGCCGGGCAUCUAUUCCUUUUUACCAACCGAGACGGUUACAAAUUUUCCAUUCAUAAUCCAAGCCGAUUUUCUCUUAGCUUCAUCAAGGGAAAAUAUUCUCUGGGAUAACAAAUGGAAUGAGGGAAUUCUUGAUUGUGUGCCUGUUGCCUUUUUGAAUUCAUUUACCUCGUUGAUCAAGUCUUCCGAAACUGCUCCUAUUUCUAGUCUUCCUAAUCAAUUUAGGUUCUUACCUGUCAAAGAAUCCUCUCACGCAAAACUGAAUCAUGUUCGGGAUGCAAUUAAGGCCAAACUUAUGAACGAGACUAUUGUUCCGUGUGAGUCAUACACGGAGCAAAAGUUAUUUCGUAAACCCAAUGAAGUCGGUAGGCUGGAGCCUGUCUUUUGGAGCAUAUUAAACCAUGCAAGAAGCCAAGGUGUUAGUUUCUCGAAUAUUUCAUCUCAUGGAGCCUAUCUUCUUGCUUCUUCUUUUGACCAAGAGGAGUACAAUUCCAUUCUAGAGUUCUUGGAAAUUCGAGCGGUUGAUAAUGAAUGGUAUGCCAAAUGCAUUGCUGGUUCCAAUCUUGUAAUGGGCGUAUCGGAGGAAGUUUAUAUGCAGCUUUUGGUGUUCGUAGCAGAAAAUUGGGGGUCCUCGUUUUGCAUGACCAACAUCAAGAACAUACCGUUCAUAAAAUAUGUCGGGAUGGAUGGGAAAGUGAACUUGUUCAAAAUCAAUGCUUGUUCAAACAAGCUACUUGCUGCUGAAUCUUAUUACAUUUCUUGGUUGAUUAACUGGAACACAGAGUUUCACUGUUCUAAUGGUAAAUUCUUUCUGCCUGCCGCCACACAAGAAGCUAUAGCAUCAUGCUCGAAGAAGCAUACUUUAAAAAAAUGGCUUAUGGAGGAGGUGAAUGUAAAAUUUGUCAGUGUUAGUGGAUAUGCUAAUGAGCUGAUUCCUUCACUCAAAUACGACCGCAAGCUUGCUGUUACUUAUGCACAUUUUCUCUAUCACUCCUUAAAAAAGACCGACUUGUGGGGGAGUGAAGUUCAAGAUAUGUGUCGUAAAAUGCCGAUUGUUGAUAACUAUGGGCAAGUAAUUGUAAGCAGACAAGGUGUACUUGUACCUGCUAAUGGAAGUAGGUGGGUAGAGCUGAUUGGUUCUAAUCCUUGGAGGCAACAAAGUUAUGUUGAGCUAGGAGAAGAUUACACCCGGUCUAUGAGAUAUUUUGGUAAUUAUACAUCCGGUGAAGACCUUAUUUCAUUUAUGAAAACUUACGUUGAAGCUUCUGAUGUUCCUGAUCUGUCUCCCCCGGAUGCUGCGGUUCCUACUCUGUCUUCUCCUUUGACCAAAACAAAUACAUUCUUGCUACUACAAUGGCUUUAUAAUUUGAGGAUAAAGGGAGUUUCUCUACCGAGAAGGUUUUGGUUAUCUAUUAGAGAAGGCUCUUGGCUAAAAGUCUCUUUAAGUGGUUCUCCUAGCUACAGGCGGCCUUCAGAGUCAUUCAUGCUUGAAUCAUCUAGCGGGAGUAUUCUACAGAACGGAUCAGUUCUUGUUGAUAUCCCGUUGGUAGAUGUAAGAUUCUAUGGCGCCGAGAUUAACAAAUACAAAGAGGAGUUAAAAACAGUCGGUGUGCGUUUUGAGAAUAAAGAAGCUUGUGAAUUCAUCGGUGAGCGUCUCAUGUCCCUUGCGGCUUCUUCGGAACUUACCAGAGACAAUGUUGCUUCGAUGCUGAAAUUCAUUCGGUAUUUGGGAUCGUAUUAUAUCCCUAGUACGGAACUUGUUAACAAAAUCAAGCAAGGAAACUGGGUUAGAACUUCCCAAGGAGACAUGACCCCAAACAACUCUGUUUUGUGGAGUUAUGAAUGGAAAGCUGCUUCCCAACUAAGCAACAUUCCAUUCAUCGAUAAAGAUUACUACGGAGAAGAGGUACUUUCUUUUAAGAAAGAAUUAGAACUGCUGGGCGUGGUAGUAAAGUUUGACGAGAGUUGUUACCAGCUUGUGUCGGACAACCUCAAGUCCUCGUCUACGUUGACUUCUUUGUCAUCUGAAGCCAUGUUACUGCUGUUAAGGUGCAUAGAGAAAUUAAGAUCAUCGGAUAAACUGGUGCAAGCGGCUAAAAACAAGAAAUGUGUUAAGACAAACUUGGGCUACAGAUGUCCAUCUGAAUGCUUUUUGGUAACCUCAGAAACUGAGUGGGGCUGUCUUUUACGGGUCUUUGGGACGUUCCCUAUUCUUGAUGCAAACUUCUAUGGACGCUCAAUCUUUUCAAUGGAGAAAGAGCUAAAGAAAAUCGGUGUUAUGGUUGAUUUUGAAGAUGCUGCGAAAGAAUUUACUCGCAUUUUUAAGCAACAGGCUUCAGCGUCAUCCAUCAGAAAAGAAAAUGUUUUUUUGUUUUUGGAAUGCUACAGAAAGCUGAAAAAGAUAGAUUUGAAGUUUCCAGAAGAACUCAAGAAAUGCAUACGGGAAGAGAAAUGGCUAAAAACUAAACUUGGUGACUACAAAUCACCAAAAGAGUGCAUUCUUUUUGGUGCAGAGUGGGAAUCAAUUACUCCCAUAACCAUCCUUCCUUUCAUUGAUGACAGUUCUAAUUUUUACGGCAAUGGGAUCCAUGAAUAUAAAGCGGAGCUUAAACUGUUGGGUGUAACUACAGAAUUUAAAGAUGGUGCCAAGUUUGUGGCUGCUGGACUUUACUUACCUGAGUGUUCAAGUAGCAUUACUCCUGCUAGCAUUUAUGCAUUGCUAGAUUCUGUCAAGAGACUUAAAGAAAUGGCAUUAGAGAUUCCUGAUAAGUUUCUUGAUAAACUGUCCCAGAAGAACUGGUUAAAAACCCAUUAUGGAUACAAACGCCCAAACGAGUGUUUGCUUUUCUAUUCCGACUGGAAUGCUUUCUUGAAACGUGAUGAUGGUCCGUUCAUUGAUGAACAGUUUUAUGGAUCUCCGAUUGAAUCCUACAGAAAGGAGCUCAAUCAUUUAGGAGUGAUAACCGAUAUUAACAACGGAUCCCAGGUGAUUGCUAGUUACCUUGACUCUCAAUCCAAUUUUGAAAGAAUCAAUCGUUUCUACAAAUAUCUGUCUCAUUCCAAAUGGGAGCCUGCUGAUGGCGACGACAAAAAAAUAUGGCUACCAAGAGGAACUGAUAACGGAGAGUGGGUAUCACCUCAAGAUUGUGUUCUUCAUGACAAAAACAAUCUGUUUGGUGGUCUUUUAUAUGUGUUGGACCAAUUCAAGUAUGAUACGAACAUUCUUGGAUUUUUUGCUGGCAUUUUCAAUGUGAAGGUCCAUCCGUCUGUUGAUGACUACUGCAAUCUAUGGAAGAAAUGGGAAGCUUCAGGAAAUCAGAUAACGCAUACUGAAUGUUGCGCUUUUUGGGAGUUUGUGGUUAAAAAAUUGAAUCCCGGGACUGAGGAAACAUUCAACAAAUUCAACAAAAGCUUAUCAAAACUCCCUGUAUCAUCUCCUACUUCUGAUGGUAUUUUUCUGUCGGACAAGCGUGACGUUUUCAUAGGUGAUGAUCUUUUUCUAACGGACCUCUUUCAAAGUUGUUCUCGUCCCAUAUUUGUUUGGUAUCCUCAACAAAGCUCUAAAACUCUAACCCGAACCAAGCUUGUGGAUAUCUACAAAAAACUUGGUGUGCAUACCAUAUCAGAAUCAGCACAGAAGAACUUAUCCGAUGUUGAUCAAGUGAAACUGGAGCCCGUUUGUUCAAAAGAAAAGUUUAUGAAAAAAGGAUUGGUCAAACUGAUUUUGGGCUUUCUAGCUGAUCCAAAUCUUAACCUUGAGACUGAAAGAAGACAUGAAGCCGUUAGCCGUAUGUUGGGACUUGAAGCUUUUGAGACGGUUGAGCCAAUGGUAGUGAAGUAUAGUCUAUCUUUAUCAUGUGGAGAUGUUGUGACCGUUGAAGGUAAGAGGAUGAUUCGUUGGGACAAACAAAACUCCAAACUGUUUAUGCAGAAGAGGGAAGAAGGUGGUGGUGUGAAGAGUAUAAUAGAACAUGCUUGUCAUUUUGGUGAAGUGAUAGCUGAAGGGGUGUUGUGGGAGAAUGAAGAGGUUGUGCCACAACUUUCUGAACUAAUCAGGUUGGGUUAUUUGGUGGAGUUUGAUGAAGAAGCGAUAGAUUUCUUGAUGAAGAUGAAGAAUCUUCAAAUAUUUGUGGAAGACCAUCACUAUCUUUCUUCCAUAUUAUGGGAGUAAUCUGAUGGUUAUGGUGCUGGCCUGAAGUUGUUUCUAUGUAAUGUACUUUCUUUUAUGAUAUUCUCUAUGUUUUGUCUCAUUCCGGGUUCGUUAUGUAUUACAACUAGUGUAAUUGGAAUGAUACUUUUACCUUAUAAAUUAUAUGGUUUCCCAUGGUCAUC